AUGCAGCCCGUGCCGUCCAAGGCCGUCGUGGACUUUGUGCAAAAGGCGUCGGCGCCGCGCGCUGCGACCGCCGCGCCGCGGUCGCCCAACUUUUACCAGGUCAUGGUGCCCCAGCAGCCGCCGUCGCCGCACCCGGUCAUGGACACGUCGAUGCUCGCCAAGCUCGCCAAAGUCCAGUUACCCUGCGCCUCAAAGGUCAACGUGUACACGAGCCAGCUGCACUCUGCGCAGAUGCCGCGCAUUCACUGUCCGUCGAGCCCCCGGCCGCGUCCGCGCACGACGCCGCGCCAGGAUGGAGUCAAGAAAAUCGUCGCGCCCGACGACCCUCCCUCGUCCAAGCACGCGACACUGCGCCUCGAUACGUCGUCACGCGAGCACUUGGAGAUCAAGGCCUGCAUGCUCGCGCGCAUGUACCACGUCGACAUCCACGCGCUCGAGGCCAAGAUGGCGGCGCUUCGGCGCGACCAGGACGGACGCCGCGCCUCGUUGGCGCUCGGGCAAGAGGCGUAUCGGCGGAAAACCCAGUUUCUCCUGGACCACUACUUUUGCGUCGACCCCGCCACUGCCAGCAGCAGCAACAGUGUUUUGUACGACGUCGUGGACGAGUGGACGCUGCGCCACGAAGCGUCGACGACCGAGAUCGAAUCCUUCUGGGACGCGGUCAACGCCCACAUGGAAGAGUCGUACGUGCUCAAGGCAACGGCGCUCAACGAGAACGAGCCCAACCGGAUCGCGAUCCUCGUCGCCUUGGACUGCUUGAGCAAGCUCGCAGACGCGCUGCCCGCCCACGGCCGCCUCCUUCGCGUGCUCCAGCUCGUGCUCGAGCGAGGUCUCUUCGUGUCCGGCACGUCCAGCGACCGCCACCCGAUGCUCUACUUUGAGCGCACGCGGGAGCACGAAGCCACGAUUGGCCACCACGCGCAGAGCCUUCAGGCGCACGAAGUCUACCAAGCCGCGCCGCCAGGACACAAAAUCUCGCGCAUCAUCGCCGAUGUCCGCGACGACGACGAGAAGCACCGACUCAUGCUGCACGUCGUGAGCAACCAUUUGCCGCAGUCGAAGCUCGGCUUGGCCUACCUGCGCGACGUCGUCCGCAGCUGCGACGGCUUCGACCAAGUCGAGCUCCUGCGUGCGAUGGCCGCGUCGCGCUCGAGCUUUGAGGUGCAGGGCUUUCUGCGCGUGUUGUUUGCUGCCCAGCCGCGGGCGUUCGUGACCUUCCUCGACGAGCACGACGCGACGCUCGACGACGCGCUCAACGGCAGCGACUGCGUCCAGCGACUUCUCGAGCGCCAUAGCACUGCCUUUGCCGACCUCUUUGCACGGGCUCCGUCGCUCUUGAGCAGCAUUCUUCGGGCGUCGCCGCAACACCAAGUGCUCGAGCAGGUCGUGGACCAGCACCGCACGGCGAUCGCCAUGUACCUCGGUCGCAAGCAGGAAGCGCUCGCGUCCGUCUUGAUGCUGGCUCUCAAAGACAACGUGCUCGCUCUCGAGGAGUUUUUCGUCAAGUCACCCAAAGCUCUACGCGACGUGCUGCUAAACCGACCGACGCUGCUGCCGGGCGUCGUCAAGGCAACGCCAGCGAUCCUCUCGGACGUCCUCGUGAAUGCCAAAGUGACCUUUGGCAAGGUGGUGACCGAGUCGCCCGUGCACUUGACGCACGUGUGCACGGCGCACGCGCCCGCCGUGGCUGCGGUGCUAAGCACGAACGACUGUCUCAGUGCGAUCUUAGCCCACUGCCCCCAGGCGCUGAGCGAGUAUUUGGAGAAGAGCCCCGAGACGCUGGUGGACAUUGCGCAUCGGCAGCCGAGGCUGCUCUCGACGCUCUUUGCGGCUUUUCCCGACCUGCUCGUGGAGCCGUUGGAGGCGAACCCGACGCUCAUCUCGUCGCUCCUCACGACGAACCGACAGCUCAUGCAAGCCAUCCGGUUCGAAGACCUCGACUCGGCGCCCGUUGCGUUCCGGAAAAUGGCCUCGAGCGCGGCGCAGACAGACAUGGCUGUACCGGCAGCGACGGUCGCGACCGCCAAACUCAAGAAGCGGCACAACAUUUUGAGCAAUAUCGUCAAGCGCCGACGGCUCGGCGCGGCGAUGGAGCGGCCGGACGUCCUACGCGAGAUCGCCAAGCUCUACGUGCGCAAAAUUCUAUGUGACCAGAUCGACGACAACUCGGGCCUCGACCGUGUCUCGCUCGCGGAGCUCGUCCAGGACUUUUAUAUUCAGGAGCUCGGGCUCAAGUCGGCGAGCCAAAAGCGCAUUGGCAGUCUCGUCGCUGGCGUCAAAAAGAUUGAGAAGGAUAGCUCGCGCGCCAAGUGGUUUGGGAUCCUCCUCGGCGCGACGCCCGAGCUCUACAACGCGCAGGCCAUCGACGUGUAUCUGCAAGCGCUCACGCUGCUCAUGCCAACGCCCGAGAUCGAAACACGUUUGGGCGACGGUUCGAAACCCACUUACGUGCCACUGUACAUCGCCAAGGACCUCGCGCACGCGAUCUUUCCUCCGUACACACCUGUCGUAUUUCUCGCCGACCUCGAGGCGCGUAUCGUGGCGCUGCCGUCCAUCUGCGAGCGACCAGCCAAGAAGCGCACCUCCAAGGCGCUUGUGCUGGACCCGCACCACGUCUUUCUCAGUUUCGACGACGUUCUGGACUGCGUCAUGACGGUCUGGUACGACUACCAAGCCCACGUCGACGAGAGUCUCACGCUAUUGUUUGCGCAAGCCGACGAAGACGGCAACGGCGUGCUCGCGUACCAAGAGUUUGGCGCGAUGAUCAAAAAGUUCGAUCCGACCUGCGACGACCGCACCAUCAUGCGCAUCUUCAACAUGUGCGGCGAAGAGAACGACCAGGGCGAGCACGAGAUCAAGCCCGGCGACUUUGCCACCGUCAUGCGAACGUACCCGACGCGACCACCGCCCGACAUUCCCACUUAG